UUUGGAUAAUCACAAGUUGCCCAUUUCUUGCUAAUUACCCUAAUACCCCAAUUUUCAGAAAUUUGCUUUCUCCCUCUCCCUCUCCCCCUAUCUCCGGUGACCCCCGUCGCUUUUUGGCUGCAACUCAAUCCGAUCUGUACGCCCACAGUGACCCUCUCUCGUUGGUUCGAGGGUCUUCCAAGGGGUUUUCUUCUUUUGUCUUUUUUUUUUUUUUUUCCUUUUGAUCUUCCUUCUACCUUUCUUGGCCUCCAUUUCCGCAAAUGUGACGAGCUGACUUUCUGGAAUCCGAAACCCUAAUCUAUCUGAGGAAUCAUGGAGAUCGAUUUUGAUGCUGAAAGUGAUAGGACACCAGAGACAAAUGAAAAUGGUUUUGUUUGUAAUCCAGUUUUACCUGAUGAUUCUGGGGAAGGUUUGCCUUAUGCUCCUGUGAAUUGGCCUAAUCCUGGUGAUAAUUGGCGCUGGAAGGUGGGGAAGAGAGUUUCUGCUGCUGGACACUUUCUGGAUAGGUAUCUCUAUCUUCCAAAGCGUCUUCGCAAUCGUGAACAUUCAACUCGUAGGAAAUAUGGUUUUGCAAGCAGGCUUGCAGUUGAACGAUAUAUCAAAGCAACAUUUCCUGGUUUAAAUCUUGAUGACUUUUUUACAAAAUUCUCCUGGAGGAUCCCUGCACACCAGUCAGCAUUGACAAAUGGUAGUGCGAAGCUGAAGCAUGUGUCACAUGUUCUACCCCCCGAAGAGUGUGCAGAACCUGAUUACAUGUCUGAUACUGAGCGUUGUAAAGCCGGAAAUAAAAAGUGCAGCAGUCUGUUGGAACAAGCAGAAAGCCCAGCUUUAGCAGUAAUGGAGUGUGAUAUUUGCUGCACUGAACCUAAGUUCUGCCGUGAUUGCUGUUGCAUUCUUUGUUGCAAGUCUGUAAACUCGUCCUGUGCAGGUUAUGAUUACAUUCGAUGCGAAGCAUUGAUGCAUGAUGGUAGCAUAUGUGGGCAUGCUGCCCACAUUGAUUGUGCUCUGCGAUGUUACAUGGCUGGCACUGUAGGAGGAAGCAUUGGCUUGGAUUCUGAAUACUAUUGCCGGCGCUGUGAUGAAAAGACAGAUUUGGUUUCACAUUUCACAAGGCUUUUACUUGCUUGCGAAUCUCUUGAUUCUCGGGAUGAUGUUGAGAAGAUUUUAAAUUUUGGUAUCUGCAUUUUGUGUGGUUCACAGAAAACCAGUGCAAAGGACCUGCUGAAACGUAUUGAAGUGGCCAUUGAAAAGCUCAAAUGUGGGACUAAUCUUGAAGAUAUUUGGAAAGAGGGUGACAAUUUUUCAACUAUCUCCAUUGAUGUCUCUCAUCAUGGAGAUACUGUCAUGGAACUUACUGGCUUCCAAGAACCCUUGGAUGUCAGGGGCUCACAAUUUUAUUAUCGAACUGAAGCUCAAAAACUUGAGGAAGAGAUUGAUCAGGUUCUCCAUGCACUAAGAAGGUCACAGGAAACUGAAUUUAAAAUGGCGGAGGAAUGCCUUAAUGCACAGAAGAACUAUCUCUGUAAUCUGUAUCAGCAACUUGAGAAGGAGAAGUCUGAUUUGGUACAGCACGCUUCAACUGACUCGGACGCUUUACUGAGUACUGUAAUGAGCAGAGUGAAGCAGAUUAAAAGCGAAGUCAAAAAGCUUAAGGAUAUGGAAGAAGUGGCCAACGGAUUUGGAAAGACUUCUAGAGCUGUCCUGAAGGAGCACUUCAGUUUGGCAAUUGAGGAUUGAAGUAAACCUUACUGGAUUAUGAUGGUUUAAUUUCGUUGUUUCAUCAACUUUGGUAUUGAACUGGCUUCUUUAUGGUUUGAAUCGAUUGCGCAUUAGAUUUUUGUGCAAUCGUGCUGUCACAUUUUUGUGUGAGGUUUGUAAGCACAAGGGCAUCUAGUAGAAUCAGCCCGUGCCUACUGGCAGAAGAAAGGUAUGAAGAGCCCGUUGAAGGACUUUCAAGGAACCCUCUUAUGUUGUGAAUUGUAUCCUAUGAACUCCCAAAGAAUCUGCACCUUCUUGCAGUGAUUGCGUUGUUUGAUGAAACGGUGCAUGAGAAAGGUCGUCGCAGAUUCUAGUCUGUUUGAAGCAUCAGGCAAGUGUGCUCUCAACCUCCCAAUUUCCCCGACUGUGUUUUUUUUCUUCUUUUUAUGUUUGUGAAGGCGGUUCGCCUGACUGGGGAAUCGGAAAUUUUGGCAACUGGAGAACACUUUGGCUGGAGUGCUGCUGCUCUUCGUUCGUGUGAAUAGGUUGGUUGCAGAUGUAGGCAUUUUCAUUUCCUGUACAAUGUGUGCACAAUGCACAAAUAUAGUUUCUUCGGAAUGAAAUGGACCUUUCACGUUGUUAAAA